UAAAGAUGGCGGCUCGCAGUGUCAGGUCGUGUGUUGUGAAACGGUUAUUCCUUAAUAUUUAAGAGUUUUAAGAAUAUAAGAUAACUAUAUUUUAUAUUAAAUGAAAAUGUGCUGCUGCUACGUUAUCAGUUUAACCCGGUGGUGACAUUUAAGGAUGCUAACGAUUACUUGAAAGGUGUUCAAAGCUACUGUGGAAAGACAAGAUAUAGUCGUAGAAAAUGUUUUCAGCUUUAUGGUCGAGACGGUCAUGUCAGGCUCUCUGCAGCCAGGGACGGAGGACACUGAGCCUGUUCUCCAGCUCCGGGCCUUCUAACUGGAAUAAAGUGGUCUCGGAUGCAGAGAAAAUAGUCGGAUAUCCAACUUCAUUCAUGAGUCUCCGCUGCCUGCUCAGUGACGAACUCAGCAAUGUCGCCAUGCACGUGAGGAAGCUGGUCGGGACUCAACACCCUUUACUCAACACUGCAAGGGGUUUUGUCUAUGACAGCAGAAACAACCUGCAGAUGAGAGGACUGAUCGUACUGCUGCUGUCAAAAGCUGCAGGGCCGAGUCACGCAGCCUCUGAUCUCCUAUCCCAGGACAUGGUCAGCGGCAUCUACCCAAGCCAGAGGAACUUGGCAGAAAUCACAGAGUUGAUCCACACGGCCUUCCUGGUGCAUCGUGGGAUUGUCAAUCUGAAGGAGUGGACAGUUUCAGACGGCCCAAUGAAGGACAUGCAGUUUGGUAAUAAGAUGGCCGUACUGAGUGGGGACUUCCUCUUGGCCAAUGCUUGUACGGGACUUGCACAGCUGAAUAACACAAAGGUUGUUGAGCUGAUCUCUAGUGCCAUUGGAGAUUUAGUUCAAGGAAUCUACUAUGAAAAUUCCAGUAAUCCUGAGGAGAACAGUCUCAUGGAUGGCGUGAAUGUGACAUCCUGGGAGGAGCAGACGUUCCUGUCCCAUGGGGCACUGCUGGCCAAGAGCUGUCAAGCUGCAAUGGAGCUUGCCCAACAUGACAAGGAGUCCCAAAGACUGGCCUACAAGUACGGCAAGCACCUGUCACUGGGCCACAAGCUGAACUCUGACCUGCAGCCGUUUGUGAAGAGCAGCAUGGGGGAGCCUGUAUCGUUCAGUUUGAGUGCCGCCCCGGUGGUUUUCCAUCGUCAGAUUGUUGGCCAGGAGAGAUGGCAUCAGCAGCUACAGCAGGCACAAACACAAAGAAACCAACUGGAUUACUCACAGCUCUUGGCAGCAGUUAAGUCAGAGAAAGGCGUCAGCACAGCGGUGGACUUAUGCUGUUACCAUGGCAACAAGGCUCUAGAGGCCAUCCAGGCUUUCCCCUCCUCCGAGGCGAGAUCUGCCUUGGAGAACAUCGCCUCCGCCAUCACCAAAUUCUGACCUGGACUCACACACGCACACACACACACACACACACAUACUUCUGCUUCUAAACGCCUGCAGAGCCUGCAGGAGGAUCACAAAACACGUCACAGACAAAUGAACUUCCUUUGAACCGGGGCUGACUUCUGUCCGAAGAACCGCUCUGCUCUGUGGUGACAGUUUGCAUCAGAAAUGAAAUGACUCAAUCUUUAAGUGAUCAUUAAAAAAAGAAUUAAAAACACA